AAUGUACUUCUCAACAAAGCGAAGAACAGCGGUCCUCAGUUCCAGGAAGUGCCAAAGUUGCGACUCGAGGUCCUCGGCUUCACAGUUUACGCAUCUUCCUUCACACCUUGGACUCAAAACAACAGGCCAUGGCAGAACCCAGAGUGUCUUCCAUCGAUGGCAAGCUGGCUGAAGAGUUCGCCGCUCCAUCGCAAGUGGACGAGGUCCGGGAGAGGAUGACCGCCUUCGCCCGGCUCCAUGCCGAGGCGGGCCGUUGUGUGGUCCUCAUCACAUCGGGUGGCACCAAAGUUCCAUUGGAGUCGCGCACCGUUCGCUUCCUUGAUAAUUUUAGUAGCGGGAGAAGGGGAGCGCAAUCUGCAGAGUACUUCCUGGACGCCGGUUACGCCGUUGUCUUCCUGCACAGGCAUCGCUCACUCUAUCCAUAUGCUCGCACGUUCUCCUCUAUCAAUGUGCUGGAUGCCCUGCAGUUUUCGGGCGGGGAUCAGGACCGUGUGGUGGUGAACCCGCAGGUGCUCCCAAACAUUGCCAAAGUGCUGAAGAAGUAUCAGGAAGUCACAGCCAGCCAACUGCUGCUUCCCGUCGAGUUCAGCACUCUGUCUGACUAUCUGCACCUCCUCAAGGCAUCAGCACAGGCCCUCAGCAGCAUAGGAUCCAAGGCCAUGUUUUACUUGGCAGCGGCUGUGUCAGAUUUCUACAUCCCCGCGUGUGACAUGCCAGAGCACAAAAUCCAGUCUUCCAAUGGACCGCUUCAACUGAGCUUGAAGAUGGUGCCCAAAAUUCUGUCCCCGUUGGUGAUAGACUGGGCGCCGCGGGCGUUCGUCAUAUCCUUCAAACUGGAGACGGAUGCCGCCAUCCUGUUGGAGAAGGCUCGACAAGCACUGGACACAUACAGGCACCAGGUGGUGGUCGCCAAUGUUUUGGACUCACGGCGGGGCCAUGUGGUGGUGGUGACGCCCACCAGCCAACACGAGGUGGUCCUCUCCAAGGAGGACGUCGACAACCAGGUGGAGAUCGAGGAGAAGAUCGUGACUAAUUUGACCGCGGCCCACAAGCACUUCAUUGGGCAACAAGUGGGCUGAGUGCCAUCGCUGUCAUCAUCACCUGGAUGUUGUCUUGAUUCUUAGCUUUGCAGUCGAAGAGGGAUGAUUCACGAAUUGAAAGCAAAGAAUCAUGUGCAAUGUUUGUGUGUAGGUGUCUUGAUGCGGUUUCAGAAUUAUGGAUGUUAAGGAGCAAAAUAAUUUAGGGCGCAGUACUUUCAUGCCUCAACAAGUUGCAGGACUUAUAGGCUGAGUCAAAUCCAA